AACAAUAUGGCUGCCUUCUACUAAAUUUUCAUAAUGAAUAUGAUAACGAUAACAGGCAAAUAAAUGGAUGACAUAGCCAAUCCGUACAGUAGUGAUGAGUAUGGGACUGAAACAGAGGAAUCAAGAAAAGCUAAUUCCACUAAAUGGCUGAAAUCCUCAAAUGUAUCACUAAGCCAUCUGCAGCAAGUCAAACCAGUGCCUGUGUAUAACUUUGGACUGGCAAAUAAAAAAGACCUAAAAGCUACAAACUUAACAUCACAGAGAAGUAAUAGCUUUACCAACCUAGUGGCAGAACCUGUAAUACAGUCUGUUAGUUCUCAGAAAACUGCCUGGGGAAGUAAUGGAUCUAUACCUGAACUUCUUAAAGCCAACACAAAAGCAUCCCAGAGGCCUUCAAGUGCUAAAAUAUCAGCUAGGAAACAUCACCCUCCUAUUGGUAAAAAACAACGCCCUCAAAGUGCUAAAGAAGAAGUUGUUCAACGUUCACCUGGCAUAGCAGUAAAAGGAGCCAAAUUUGAUCCAACAGGAAGACCUCCAAAAGCCUACUCAGCUACAACAGGAUGGAUUGGACCUCCUGCUGGCAUGAAAUUUUCAGACUCAAAUCAAGAUUUGUUGAAGUCUAAUAUAGCAAGGAAAACACCUCCACCACCAGCAGGGACACCUAGACUUCAUAUUGAUAUAGAUUUACAAAGCAAUACAAAUGAAGAUGCUGUUAAUUCUCCAAGACUUCGGUACACCCAUGCUGAGUCUCCUAGGACUCCUACACCCCCACAUGUACCUCCAGCACCAAUACAUCUAAUGUUGCCAACAAUGUAUGAUGAGGAAGAAGAAGAUGAAGAUGAGGAUGAGCUUGACACAGAGAGGUUAUUAACAAUGGCAGAAGAGCACAUACAUGCUGAUAAGAAAUCCGAAUCUAUCAAUGACUUCAUAGAGAAAGUGUCGUCUGCUAACCAUUGUGUAAAUGACUUGCCUGGAUAUACAUAUACCCAUGUAAAUAGUCCAACUUCAAAGGAAAGCAAACUAGAGAUUCAUACUUACGGUGAUAGUGAGGUGGUCUCAUGGGAAAAGGAGGAUGUCAAUGAUUCAUAUGAUUUUUCUGGAUCUGAAUACUCUGGACAAAUUACCAAUACCCCACGAAGUGAGAUUGACUCAUAUCAACCCCAUCCUUUAGAGAAAGUCUCAGUAAAAUUCAGUGAAGAUAGAAAUGUUACAAUUGACAUUACUCCUAGAAAUGCUGGUCAUAAGGUAUCAGAAUUAAGUAGAAAGAAACCAGAGAAAAUCCUUGAAUCUGAAGAGCUUCAAUCAGUUUUGUCUGUUUCAAGUGCUAAUACACAGGAAGCUCCUGUGAGUUCACACAAUAAGACAGUUUCAUUAACUGAAAUGAAACAUGAAACAAAAACAGCAAGAACUUUGACUAACAAUAAAAGCUACACAAGAUCAGAGAAACCUAAAAAUGAAAAUCUGGAAUUUAACUUCAACUCUCAUGAUAAUAAAAGGUGUGAAAAAAGUUUCAGCAAUAGACCAGCAUCAGCAUCAACUAAUAGACCAACUACGCCUUUAAGUUCUGUCACUGUUGCCUACUGUGAUUUGGACAAUGCCAAAAAGCGAAAGCGAUACCGUGGACUGAAGAGUGAGAAAGAUGUUGUUACUUUAGUUCAGCAGAUGCAAGUUUCAGACAGUGAUGAGGAAAAGCCGCAGGAAGUUAUAACACCAGACAAAUUAGAACCUUGGAUGAAAACCAAAACCACAUCACAACCUUCAAAAAAUUAUUACGAGCUUUCACGUCAAGUAAAUCAGGCAAAUUCUAAAGCACAGAAAAAGGAGAAACUUGACUCUCAGCUGGUUACUGGAGCUCCUCUUGUCAAAACAAUCAAAACAAUAGAACUUGAUGAAUCUGGCAAUGAUUUGAAAGAAACAAAGAUUCAAAGUUUUAUUGACCAACAAACAAAUGAACUAUAUGAAAAAGAUAGGCAGCUAAGGGAAGCAACUAGAGUAAGGUCAAAACCUAGACCUGUUAGUGAAAUGAUCAACAGAAACCGUAGUGUUAAAAAGGAAAGUGAAGUCCUUAAAAAUGGACACAGCACAAAACCAGAUGAAAAUCAUAAAAAGGUUCAAAGACCAUUUUCUGCACCUUCAUGGCGAAAACCAACCUCAGCAUUUAAAGAGAAAAAGCAAACACAUGUAACUGAAACAAGAAACCAGACAGUUUCUACAGAUGUAAAUGACAAUAUUAAACAAAAUGGAAAAUCUAUGAAAACAAUAGAAAGUAUUGAUGAAGAUCAUAUGGCUUCCGAAACAGACGAGGAGGACAAAAUGUCUGACUUUAGUUUUGGACACGAAUCAGGAAGUGAAAAUGAAGCAGACUUGAAAACCUCAAAAGAUUUAGAAAUUGAAAAAAUAAUUGAAAGACAUUUAGGUAAACCUUCACAAACUGUGAAUUUGUCCCAACCAGAGAGCUUGCCGCCAAAAUUAAAAUCAAAUAAGAAGCAUCCUAAAUCUUCAUCAGAAAAAGCAAGUCUGCAGAAGAGAUCAACUGCUCAUUCACAUGGUCACUGUAACUGUCCGAAAGACAGUAAAGAAGACAGUAAGAAAGUGAGCACACAAACAGUACAGCUACCUAACAAUGAUAAACUGUCAAAUAAGAUAUAUGGUGCCUUUGCUAGAGGGAGGUCAGCACCACCUUUACGGACAGCCAGUAAAUCCAAACUUGCAGAACGACCAAGAACCGGUAAACCUGUAUACAUAACCUCCAAGAAUCCUAAUGAUGAUUUUGAUACUGAAGAAAAUCUUGAAUGCCAGCAACUUCAGGCCAAAUUGGCUGCCAAGGGUGUAAAUGUGGCAGCUGAAACAUUAGAAAGGGCAUUAUAUCCUCCAUCUGGGAGGACAUGUCAUUAUGAAGUGAAUGCAACACUACCAAAGAAUACUUCAUCAAACUUACUGAGUCAUCCUAAAGAAUGGUUACCUAUAGAAUACAGACAACUGAGACUCGCUGAAAAGGCUCUAAACAGAGCAAAUGAAAUAAUGUAUAAACAGAGAGUGGCAGAGGACAGAAAGGCUAGGCUAGGAGAACUUGCCAAGAAAAAAAUCAAGGGGAAGAAAAAAGGGAAGACUAAAGGAAAGAAGGCAGACGACAGUAAAACAUAACAGUGGAACAAAUAGAGGGAAGACCAAAGGAAAGAAGGCAGACGACAGUAAAACAUAACAGUGGGCACAUAAAGGAAAGUUUGCUUUGUUGCACUCCGUUGCACUAUCAGGGGAAAUGAAUGCCCACAGAAAUUAGAUAGAUAGAAAUCAAAGAUGUGACAUCAUGGCUUUUAUUAGUUUUUUAGUAUGGCAGUCUUGUAAAUUUAUCUUUUAAGUAUGGAAUUAUGUACAUGUAUUAUGCUUCAUAUUUUGGAAUUCAAAUCAAAGACAGAAAUCAAAAAAAUUAUUCAUUAAACUAAAAAGACAGUGCUUUAGUUUUUAAUAGAUGGUGAGAGUUUAUUAUAUCCUUUUUACUAAAUAGACAGGUCAGGGUUUAAAUAUGCAAUUAGUUCAUUCACUUCAUUUGAUACCAUGCCUUGAUUAUAUUUUAACAUUAAACUCUUUCUUUUCAUUUUAUACUUACCAUUCAGUUUUUU